AUGGCACCGCGCAGGAAGAAAGUCAAGCGAAGUGGAGGCACGAGCUCCCAACGCGCAACAGAUGAAUUAGUACCGCCCGCCUCUCCGAAAGGCAUACUUCAGCUUCCAUUCGACCUCCAGUUCGAGAUUCUAUGGCGACUGCAUCCCCGCGAUCUCUUGAAUAUGGCGCGCACCGACAAGGCGCACCGAGUGGCUCUGCUGAAUAAGCGGACGAUGCUCCUCGCUUGGCGCAAGUCCUUCGAGAACGCCGAAGGAGUACCAGCGGUCGUCCCGGGAUUCAGCCAUCCAGCCUUCGCCGCCGUUCUCUUCACAGAUCACUGCAACAAUUGCGGGCGAGCUGCCGACAACCUAGAGCUCAUCCCGGCGAAUUGCGCAACGCUGUGUCCGAUGUGCAAGAUAAGACUGACCAUCGAGUCUUGGUCGCGCGUCGACAAGUUUGAGGAGAAGCUGAAAGAGAAAGCUCCAUAUACCCGCUUACGUUGUCUCCUGGUGUUCUCUUCACGUGAGGUAAAAGCAUCCUGGGGGAACUAUACCGUAUUCUUGUAUCCCCGCGACCAGUUUUUGGACCUGGAAGCGAAGCUGGAGGAGCUCACUGACGACGAGUUCAAAAAUUACGUGGUCAAGCAGCAAAAGUGGGCCGCACAGCUGCAGCCAUACGUCAACUCCCUGGUUGCGUGGGCCGAGUCCGCUGAGGCCCAGAAGGCUGAGCGCGUAAAACUCAUACGGGAUGGACGCGCUGAUCAGAUCAUUCAACGUCUCUGCCGCGAAGGCUGGAGUGACGAGGUUGACAAGGAUCCGGCUGAGGCGAAAAGGUGGAUCAAACAGCACGACAAGGAUCUACAGCCACGGCCAACGAUCACAGACUCGGAGUGGCGCCGGGCCGGAAAGGGAUUCCGGGAUGUUAUGAUGGGACUCCACCAAGGCAGGUUGAGAAGCGAAUGGACGAGGCGGUGGCACGUUCGGAUGCUCUGUCUCGUGAAGGCCUUGGACACUUACCGGGAAGGACGCUGGGCCCCAAGAGCAGGCUACCAGCUCAUCGGCGGCGCCGAGGACUACGCCUUCCACCCCAAGAUCCAGCGGCUGCUCAACCUCCCUUCUCCCCGGCCUCAUCGAGAAGUGGGCGAGCGAGCGCCGGGCCGCCUUCCUCGCCCACCCCGCGCGCUGCUCCAGGCCCACGACAUCCCCAUCGCGGACGACGUCACGGACCCAACGACGCUCGCGGUCGUGACGUUCGACUGCACCGAGUGCAAAGCAACAAACAUGCGCUUCCCCGCCGUGCUCGGCCACAAGGGCGGGCGCUGCCUCUUCGGCGGCGACGCCGACGACACCGCGGCCGACCUCCUCUGUGACCCCGAGCACCAGAUCCGGGUCCAGUUCUGCGAGCGGUUCCGCGGCCUGUUGCGGCACGCCGACGGCGAGCGUCCGCGCUGCUACCAGCUCGACCGCCUCACGCUCUCGGCCGCCGCGCCGUCCGCUUGCGCGGUCGUCGCCGCGUGCCGCCUCGACCCCUCGCGCGCGACGGUGGCGGACGUGGAGGCGAACAAGGCGCGCAUGCGCUGCACGGUUUGCACGGUGGCCGGGCAGGGGUGGGCGUACGACUGGGCUGCGGCGGUGCGGCACGACCUGGAAGUGCACAACCUUAUCGACGACAACACGGAGGACAAACCUGUGAAUCCCGCGCACUGGCAGGGCAUCCACCCCUCGCUCCGGGACCCGAUCCUCAGGGUCGAGGCCGCGAUCGCGCAGGAGCGCUCCCAAAACGCGAACGCGGGGCCGUUCCAUUGCACGUGGUGCGGCGAGUUCGCGGCCAAGUCUGCGGCCGUGCUCGUCGACCACGUCAAAGUACGGCACCGGAGGCAGCGCGCGCGCCGGGGCGCCGACUUCGCGCGCGAGCGGCUCACCCCUCAGGUCUGGCUGUUCCGGGAGCGCCCCCGAGAUACUCGCAUCCGCGAGCGCGUUGUGGUCGUGGACGGGGAGGAGCGCCGCGCACUCCAGGUGGACGCGGAUAUGUACAGGGAGUGA